AUGGCCACGCCGGACGGAACCGUCGAAGUCAAUGGCACGCAUAAGCCGUCGGUGCUGAUAGUAGGAGGGCUUGGGUACAUCGGUCGAUUCCUCGCAAAGUACAUCCACACCCAGAACCUGGCCUCCUCCAUACGUAUAGUCGACAAGGUGCUGCCGCAGCUGGCGCACCUUGCCCCCGAGUUCAGCGAGGCAUGUGCGCAAGAUAAAUUCAUCCAGGCCGAUGCCUCGCGCGACACAUCCAUGGCCCGAGUCUUCGAUCAUCCGGACCGGCCCGAUGCAUCCUGGGACUAUGUCUUCAACUGCGCGGGCGAGACCGCCUGGUCGCAGCCUUCGGAAAUAUACAAGCUGCGGUCCUGGCAGGUGAGCGUCACCUUGGCGAAGGAGGCCGCGAAACGCCAGGUCAAAUCCUUCGUCGAGGUCAGCACAGGCAUGGUGUAUGCCCCCAACCGGACGCCGCGGACCGAACAAGACAAAUUGAAGCCGUGGCUCAAGCUUGCAAAAGCAAAAUUGGAGGCCGAACAAGAACUGUCACGAAUACCGGGUCUUAACCUCGUCAUCCUGCGCCUGGCGCACGUCUACGGCGAAUACGACUCCAAGUUCAUUGCAAAAGCUCUGUGCCUGGCCCGCGUCUACCAGGAGCAGCAAAAAGAGCUAAAGUGGCUGUGGACCGAAGACUUGCGCAUCAACACUGUGCACGUGGAGGACGUGGCCCGCGCGCUGUGGGCGGCGGCCGAAUGGCGGACCAAGAACGCGGUCAUCCCCCCGUUGUUGGUAUCGUCAUCAUCGUCCUCCUCCUCGCCGACCUUCUCCCGCCGACCAACGCUCUCCAAGGGCGAAGACGCCCCCAGCGGGAAUGUACCCGUCUUCAACAUCGUCGACCACGGUCAGACAAGCCAGGGCCAGCUGGCGGACAUCAUCUCCAAGGUCUUCGACAUCAAGACCGGCUUCCAGGGCACCAUCAUCUCGCAGUUCGCCAAGAUGAACCUCGAGCACGUGGUCGACGACCUGAAUGAGGACAUCCUCCAGCCGUGGGCCGACAUGCUCGAGAAGAACGGCAUUACGAAACCGGGACCCCUUACUCCGUUUCUGGAAAAGGAACUGCUCAAGGAUACGGACUUGAGUCUUGACGGCUCGCUGUUCGAGCGCGUCGUCGGCUUCCAAUACGAUCGGCCCGACGGACUAACUGUCCAGGGCAUCAAGGAGAUGAUCGCCAGUUAUGAGAAGAUGGGAUGGUGGCCCUGA